AUGGAAGCCAUUGAUGCUGGUAAAAUGAAUACAGAUGUUCAAUAUCGAUACAAUUUUCUCGCAAAAUUUCUUCAUUUCACAAAAGAUGAUAUUAGUGUGCUCAAUAAAGUUGCACCAGCCCUUGUACCACUUGUACCAACAGUAGUCGAUGCAAUUUAUAAAAAUUUAUUCUCAUUUGAUGCUACCAAGACCGUAUUUGCCACUCACAAGGUGCAUUUUCAAGGCAAUGCCACGGCAACUCCUGGUGGUCUCGAUUUAACUCCAGAACGUGUUACUUUUCUUAGUGAUAUGUUGGCCACAUACUUGAAAAAAGUUUUAACACAAACCGAAUGGGACAAGGGAUUUCUCGAAUAUCUAUCAAAUCUUGGUAAAGUACAUGCCAAUAAGGCUGAAUCUAAAAAUAUUGAUGUAAACUAUGUUUACAUGAAUGCAACACUUGGAUAUGCCCAAAAUCUUAUUGUUAAUGCUCUUUUGAGUAAUGAUCUUGGUUUAGAUGAUAAUACAAAAAAGGCUGCUGUAUUAGCAUUAAACAAAUUCUUGUGUAUUCAAAAUGACUUCUUUACAAUGCAUUAUAUACCACAUUAA